AGUCUGUGUUUGUUCAGCGGGGCCGUAGGGCUCACAGGCGUCACAGCCUCACUGCACUGAUACAGUGGACUGGGGUGAUGGCCAUGAAUCGCUCGAGAGCGCCGCGAUGUGGCCUUGAGACCGGCGGCACCGCAACGAGGCGUUUAUUGUGAGAGCCCGGGGCUUCAGUUAUCGGCCGGGCUGAGUUGAGCAGAGGCGGGGGACCAUCGAGACCCACUAAAGAAAUCAGGUCGGUCUGCAAUUGCUUAACCACUUCAGCCUGCAGCUGCUGGAUCACUCCAGUGCGUUAUCCGUAAAUCACUGCAAGAUACCAUGGAGAAUGGUGGAGAAAACACGGUGAACAUCAAAUAUUGUUCCCUCGAGGAGGGUUCGCUGAAGGAGAUUGAGGAUUUAGUGACCGAAAGCUUUGCAAAGGAUGAAAACACUCUGAAGCUGUGUCGGAGCUGCGAGGGCGGCCAGACGGAGGACCAUCGUCCCUGGGUGAAGAAGAUCAUCACUUCACACAACUGGAGUGUCUCUCGACUGGCGGUGGACGCCGCCACGGGCGCGGUGGCUGGCGUCUGCCUGUGUGACAUGUCGACCCUCGACCAGCUGACCCGAGCCCUUGAACCCAUGGCACAGACCGAUUCAGAGGCGUGUCGCCUCACCGCCGCCUUCCUUCAUCAACUGGAAGGGGACUACGACCCGUUCAAGGCUCUCGGAGUCAGCAAGGUCCUCUGCCUGAACAUGGUGGGCGUGGAUAAAAGGUACCGGCGACAGGGCCUAUCACUGGAGCUGCGACGCCAGUGCCUGGAGCUGGCCCGUCAGCAGGGCUGCCAGGCGGUCGUCAACUGUGCCACCUCGCCCUUCACUCGCAAGGCGCUCGUCAAGCUCGGCUUCGAGCGGGUCAAGUUCCUGCCCUUCACCCAGUCUGUGCUCGCUGGUGUUGAGAAGGUCGACCUGUCGGGCUGUGGACCCGAUGAUGGCGGCGCGCUGAUGGUUCUCCGGCUGUGAGAGUGAUCUGUGAUAUCACUUAUGAUCGAAUAAGUCAUAAGUGUUAGGUAAGGCCCGUUUAAUUUGGGAUUUUAACCGAACAAAAAAUGGGCUAUUGUCUGCUUCGAUAAAGGUCUUAUAGCGACUUUGCCAUGUAUUAACAGCUUUGUUGUGGUAUUUUUUGUUUACUCGUUGGGCAGGGAGAACAGUAGAGACGAGUGCUGGGUGUCACGGUGACAGAGAGGCCACGUCCUUGUAGUCCUGUAUGAGAAAACAUUUCGUUUAUGUUGUUGAGGACCAGAUAUACCCAUUAUGUGUAGGUAUAUUUGAAAUAUCAAGCUAACCAUGCAAUCGUUGAGGCACAGUUUCUGAAACAUUUACACAAAUUACAUACAAAUAAAUGCAGCCUCUAUGCCCA